AUGGAGCCACAACAACAAGAACAAGAAGAAGAAGAAAAUCACCAGAGAGAAAUUCAACUACUCUCUCCACCACAGCUGGACCUCCAGCUGUCCAUAAGCGUGGGCCCGCGCCUUCUAACGAAAGUAGCCAGGAAGCAGGACGUGGGCCCCGAGGAAGCCCUGAGGUGGGAGGCUGCCGAGCAGAUCCGGCUGGCGGCCGCGGAGAGAGCGUACGCAGAGCGCGUUCGGGAGCUGACGAGGCGCGAGAUGGAGGCUGCCCACAACGAGUUCGCGCGUGCACGCGCCAUGUGGCAGAGGGCUCGUGAGAUGGAGGUAACGUGCCACUCGUGCCGCAACAAGUUCAGGCCUUGA